UUUCAAAUCAUAAGACCAAACGGCUACUUCCCAAGCAAUUCUCAGAGGUCGAUCCCCUCCCAACCUGGCUCCUCGACGCCUUAAAUUCCACCCCCUCGCGAAUCCGCUGAACUCUGCAUCUUCUCCCGUCGUCUCGGUUUCCGUCUGCUGCCGUCGAUCGCGCGCUCGGGGUUCCGGCGUCGGUCCGAUCGUCCUCGCGGCGGCGGCGGCGGAGGAGGAGAAGGAGAAGAGAGGGCGAAGAAGAUGAGCUCGAAACCCUCGCUGAAGAUCCGAGUCGUGGCGAGGAUCAGAGGGCGUGCGGAUCGAGAGGCCAAGCCUUGGAUCUCCGUCCACAAGCCUGACGGGGAGGACUCGGAGACCGUCGCCUUGUCUUUCGACGCCCAGUCUGCUAGUAGAAAAGAAUCCCAUCAAGUGCACUACUGCUAUGAGCCUAACGAAGACAAUGACAAGAUAUACAUCAGAGAGAUCAAGCCUUUUAUAUCGGAAGUUUUCGACGGUCAUAAUUUCACUACCAUUGCUUAUGGGGCUAGAGGCAGUGGAAAGACAUGCUUAAUUCAGGGCUCGGGGGAGAGUCCAGGCUUGGCUGCACUAGCCAUUGAAGACAUUACUAAAGAAGCUGAAAGAGUCGAGAGACUUGUUGCAAUAUCUUUUUAUGAGAUUUACCAAGACCAGGUCUAUGAUCUGCUAAAAUCAGAAAAGGCAGCUGUUUCAAUACUCGAAGAUGCUCAAGGAAAAAUCAAAUUGAAAGGGCUUUCUCAGGUUCCCAUAAAGUCUAGCUCAGAAUUUCGCAAGCUUUAUUUUGGUGGUUGCAAUUCCAACAAAUCAGUCAACAAGAUGGCUAAUGAACUUCCUAAAAGAAGCCACAGGGGCUUAAUUAUUCACGUCACGUCUCUUGUUGAGAACACAGAUGCACCUCUUGUUGGCAAACUGAAUUUUGUUGACUUAGCAGGUUAUGAGGACCCUCGCAGGAAAAGUAACGAUGGCCUUAGCUUUGUGGAGAAGAAUAAAAUCAACAAGUCACUUUACGCGCUACAAAAUGUUCUUCAUGCAUUAAAUGCUAAUGAAAACCAUGUUCCUUUCCGGGAAAGCAAAGUUACUCGCCUGUUGCAAGAUUCACUUGGAGGCUUAAAUAAUAGGCUCACGGUCAUAGCUUGCUUGAACCCACUGUUGUGCCAAGAUUCCAUUUACAUUACCAGUUUAGCUUCUCGGACUUAUCAGGGAAGUCAUCAGAUUGUCAUGGAAUCUGCAAAGAAGAGCAAAACUUUGGAAAAAUCAGUAAUGAUUUCCUCAGCUAAGGUUAGAAUCUCACAAAGUGCUUCUGGUAAGCAAAUUAGAUCGCGGGUUCAUCUUCUUCAAAAGAAUGCCAGUUGUAAAUCUGCCAUAAAGGGAAAAAAAUUAUUUGGCGAGACAAGUGGCUUGAAUAAUGGUGUGAAGGCAAGCUCAGACUCAGCUGUUGCUUCAACCGUUGAAGCUGGAGCACAAGAAGAGGAAACUUCUAUAUCUGCUGUUGCUUCGUCUUUUGAACCUUUGAUGCAUGGAGAUGAAAAAUCAGGCUUAAAUGUUACCGAGAGUAUGGUCUCGUCAGAGAAGCAAACUUCCCCUACGGUGUUGCAACAUACUUUGGAAAGCACUAUACCGCCAAAUGUGGAUGUUUCUCAGCUCUGGGAAGAAAAUCAAGCGGAGGUUAGCUCUAUUCUCAGUGGCAGCAAGGAAGCAUUGCCUUCUCCUAAUAGAGGUAGUAUGGGUAAGGAAAAUUUGCAAUGUUCCAUCAAUGAAGGUGGAUCGCCACCCUUAAGUGUCAGAUUGCAGGAGCUGUCAAACAGCUUGAAGCAAUUGUAUUCCUCAACUCCAAGCGUAAAGAUGCCAAAUGAGAACGUGGAAGCUCUGGAGCCAGAAACUCCAAUAAUUGACUCAAAUUUCCAACAGAAUGAGAGAGAAGACAUUGCUAGCAUAAGUAGUCCUUGGGCAGCUUCUAGGACAUGCUACCCGGGAACAAAGAAUUCCCUCAUUCAAGAAUAUCUAAGGAUUAUCAACAGUGCUAGCAAGGACGAGUUGAAGGGACUAAGGGGAAUUGGAGAGAAGAGAGCUACCCACAUUCUUCAACUUCGUGAAAAAUCUCCGGAGCCAUUUAAGAGUCUUGACGAUUUAGGGAGUGUUGGACUUUCAGCAAAGCAGGUGAAGAAGAUGCUGGCAAUAAAGUAGAGUGCCUGGACCAUUCCUUGUGUGCAAGAUAAAUCUUCUAUUGGCAAUAGCUGUUGCCUCAAAACCGGGAUUAUCUGUGCGGAGCUUGUUGUGUGAUAUGCGAUGUAUUGUGUCCUCAUGCGAUCUGUAUUCGUGGUGAUGAUUCAGGAUGUAAGGAGAAAGACGACUUAUCUUUGGUCAUGUUGUGUUUUUGUGUACUUGCUUUUGUAUCGACUGCAAAGACAACCCACCUCACUGCCGGUGUGUUUUAUGUUGAAAGUAUACUAAAUUUGACGUGCUAUACUAACGAGCCCGAUAUUUUACUA